GAAGUUGAUCAGCUGGUUUCUCCAUCCUAACACGAUCGCCAGCGCCACUGUGUUCGGGUUGCCCCAUUACGCGCGUCCGCCAUCGAGGCAAACGAACUUAUAAAGUGACAGAAUGUGGUGUUCAGUGUUCCUCAACAGUAGGGAUCGCGUCAGAUAACCUCGGGAAACACAAAUCAGGUCAUAUCUGUAAUACGUUCGUUAUAUAGCGAGGUCGGGUCAAAGUUAGUUGUCGCUAGGUUUAUCUGCAUAUUCGAGCGAAGUGAGCUGUUGUGCCUGUCCGGGAGACAUUUUAAUCGGCUGGGAAUUCCCUGCUUUGUAGAUAUUGAACUGUUUUGUUGAAGUGGGAUAGUUAGUUCCAUCGUGAUCUCUUUGCAGUUACCACUCGUUUUCUGCAAUAUCAUCAAAACAAGUAUCAAGUCAGAAGCAGCAUGAUGUGGUUCCUAAGCGCAAUACUGAUGUCGGCCGUCAGUCUUUGUCUCGCCCAAUCCGGCGGCAAAUGCACCUGCAUCCCGUACUUCUACUGUAACAACACCUCCACGGACAAUGGUUUGACUGUUGAUUGGAAACAGGGGAUGACAAGUGAGAAGGUUUUAAUCAGACCGUGUACAUGUGAAUGUGAGAGCUUCCACGAGGUCUGCUGUGAGGAUGGUGAAGGGGGAGGGCCCCCCACCCCGGACGGUGGUGGUAUCUGCGGAAUCAGAGGCAAGCGAAAGGAUGCGUCCGGAGUCGAUGUCGACUGGAAGCUCUUCGACAGUUUAGGUGACACUUCAACCACUUUUGGCGAGUUUCCGUGGAUGGUAGCAAUAUUGAAGGUGGGACCGUCUGGAUCACAGGAGUUUCUGUGUGGUGGAUCCAUCAUUUAUCCCAACAUCAUAUUGACCACGGCUCAUACUAUCAGUGGACUUUCUGCCGUCGACCUAAGAGUCAAGGCAGGAGUGUGGAACACCACCAAUAUCCUGGAGUCCGACAAACACCAGGACCGAACUGUCGCGGCCACUGUGCUGCACUCUGGCUAUGACAAGUCCAAGGUACAAAACGACGUGGCACUAUUGGUGUUGAAUGAUCCACUAGAGAUAACGGACAAUGUUGCGCCAGUCUGCCUGCCUUCCAGGGAUACUAUCUUCAACAGCACUGACUGCAUAGCCACGGGCUGGGGCGUUGGCAACUUUGGCAACAAAGGAAUUGGGAGUGUUCUGAGGAUGGUGCACUUGCCUUUGGUGGAUUCUAACAAAUGCCAGGAGGAGUUCCGGAAGGUGCCAAGAUUGGGACCGAACUUUAACCUUCACAGCAGCUUCAUCUGUGCGGGAAGGGAUCUGGCAGACACUUGCACGGGAGACGGAGGCGGCCCGCUGGUGUGUCCGCUGCUGGACGACUCUGGAAAGUAUGUGCAGAUCGGCAUCACCUCGUGGGGAAUCGGCUGCGGCGAUCUGCCCGGCGCCUACUCAUCUGUAAUUGCGGCUCGUGAAUGGAUAGAUACCAUGAGUGAUGCUUUUCCUGCCACUUCCCCACGCCAGUCUCUGUAGAUGAAGACGUGAUUUACUUUCCCCGUGCAAAGACAGUAUGGUCAAAUUGUACUUUGAUCUAUUUCUUUCUGUUUGUUGUCAAUUGAAGCAUUUUCAUAAAAACGAAAAAUUAAUUGUAAACUCGUGGAUUUUUAAGCAAUACAAUCUAGUGAUGAUUAGUAUCUUAACAGUACUGCUGGGUUAAAUAAACCCAGUUUACCCACUGAAUCAACUGUGGAUUAACUAAACCAACAUUUGUUAUCAAAAUGUAUACUAAAUUAUGUGCCUUAUAACUUUUUAUAGUACUUUUAUAUUUUUGUGUACAUAAUUACACUUAUUUAUUAUUUUGUUAGAAUUAUAAUAACAAUUUUUAAUACAAUAAAAUAAUAUGAAAACAG